AUGGGACCCGUGUGUUCAAAUUCUUAAAUAAAAAGAAAGGAAUCAAAACAGAUUCAAACUGAUUAAGUUGUUGAAUAAAUAAAUAACACAAAUAUUUUAAAUAACAUAAACAUUGUAAUAGAGUUGAUUUACGAUAUUAUAAAUGAUCUUGAUUUGGAAUAAAAGCAAGAGGUGUAUGUUGAAGAUGUGAUCAAGAUUCAAGUGCAUUAGGAUGUUGAAUAGUAAGUUGAGAAUGCUGUUUCUGAAGAAUCUCUUCAUUCAUUUCUUCCGUCUCAAAUUCCGCGUCCUUCAAUUACUUUGGAAAAUGAACAAGAACCAUAUUCAUAAAUACUUCAAAGUAUGAUUGUGAAGAAGAAGGAGAAAUUGUAAGUUAUUUAGUAAGAUAUUCAAAUGAUUGAUUACUCACCAAUAAAAUAGGAAUCCAAAUCAUAGAGUUCAUAAAUCAUUAAGUCAGUCGAACCAUUCAAUUUAGAUUUUGAAUCAUCUUCGUCCUCAGAACAAUUUGAAUGGAACUAGGAGUACUCUAUUGAUAGCAAUGGAGAAAUUUUGGUAACUGGGAUUGUUAAUUGA